AUGGCAUCUCUAGCACUCAACACGAAGAUCAAGCUGCCCAGCGGCUAUGAGAUUCCUCAGCUGGGAUUUGGAGUCUAUCAAACCCCACCCAAGGACACUGAGACCGUGGUCAACGAGGCAUUUGCAGUCGGCUACAUCCACGUCGACUCGGCAGCUGCCUACCACAACGAGGCCGCCUGUGGCAAGGCCAUUCGCAAGUCGGGCCUUCCACGCGAGCAAUUCUUCUUCACGUCCAAGGUGCCUCCCAGAGCCCUCGGCUACCAAGCGGCAAAGGAUCAGGUUGAGAAGUCGCUCACCGAGUCUGGGCUGCAGUACAUCGACCUGAUGCUCAUCCACGCGCCGUACGGCGGGUCGGCCGGACGCAAGGGUGCGUGGAAGGCGCUGGUCGAGGCGGUCGAGGCGGGCAAGGUCCGCAGUAUCGGUGUCAGCAACUACGGCGUGCAGCAUCUCGACGAGCUGGAGAAGCACAUUGCGGAACUCGAGGCCGAGCGCGGCGGGCUCGGCAAGGGCGGUGUGCUCAGUGUGGGGCAGUGGGAGAUCCAUCCUUGGUGCGUCCGCAGUGACAUUGCCGAGUGGUGCGCCAAGCGCGGCGUCGCUGUCGAGGCCUACAGCCCCCUCGUCCGUGGCCGGCGCUGGGGCGAGCCGACACUCAGGGAGCUUGCUGGCAAGUACGGAAAGUCCGAGGCCCAAGUUCUCGUCCGCUGGAGCUUGCAGAAGGGCUACAUCCCGCUGCCCAAGAGCGUCAACGCCGAGCGCAUCCGUGACAACGCCGACGUCUACGACUUUGAGCUCACUCUCGAGGAGGUCGCUGAGCUCGAAUCGGAUGAGUAUGCCCCGGUUGCGUGGGACCCGACCACAUCGCCGCUCGACGCUUAG